GCAGCCAACACGGCCACGACAGACGCGCAAGCGUUCAACAGCAGCACCACAAAACUGUGGCUUCAUCCGUUUUGACGUUGUCACCAACGUUCGAGUCUUUUUCUUCGACCAGUUUCUUGCGACACCCAGACACUCACUCGGUUGUUAGCGGCGCUCGCUUUCUCACGGAACACCCGAGUCAAGACCAUUACCUGAUCCGCGACUUCCCUGCCUGAGACUGCCGCCUUACACCCGACCCACUUCGCAAACAGCGAAAGCAGCAGGGCAAUUUCGCCCCGAGCCCAACCUGCCUCCAUGCCUCCUCCGGCGCUUCGUCCGGCAACGGGCCCUGCCUGGCGGGGGGUCGCACCCAAAAUCGCCCGCGCCUCGGCCGCUACGACAUCCGCCGUCCUGCUCUCGCACCGCGAUCUCACCGUUAACGACGCCCAAAAAGUCACCCUCGGCAUCAUUGCGGCUUACGUCGUCGCUAUCGCCCUGCUAUGGAACCUGCCGUAUAUCAAAUGGAUCCUAUGGCCGUUCAAGAUGCUGGUGAUUGCCUUCCACGAGUUCGGCCACGCUUUCGCCUGCGUCCUGACGGGCGGCCGCGUCGAGUCCAUCAGCCUCGACCCGCACGAGGGCGGCGUGACGCACAUGCGCGGCGGUCGCAGCGCCGUGACCCUCCCCGCGGGCUAUCUGGGCUCCUCGCUGAUCGGCGCGCUGCUGACCUUCGCCGGGUUCAACAUCAACGCGAGCAAGGUCGCCAGCAUCGUCGUCGGCGUCUGCUUCCUGCUGACGCUCUGGUGGGGGAGGAGGGACUGGCUGACCAUCCUGACCGUCCUCGCCGCCGUCGGCCUGCUCGUCGCCUGCUGGUUCAUUGCCCACGCCGAAGCGCUCCGCUUCGUCAUCCUUUAUAGCGCUUGGGAUAUCUGCGAUGACCUCAUCCUCCGCAAAGUCAACAGCUCCGACGCCAGCGUCUUUGCCAAGCGCUACGGCGGCUCCUCGCAGUGCUGGGGCGUCAUCUGGUCCAUCAUCUCCCUGGGAUUCAUGGCUGCCGGCAUCGUGGCGGGCAUCGCGGCGUUUCGGCAAUCUGCCUCCCAGCAAAGGGAGGACUCGCAGCACUUUAUCCCUACCAAGUUUUGACGACUCUAUUUCUUUAGCGGGCAUUUACGAGACUUCCUGGUUUAAACGGACGGUGGCUUGACAGGCAAGGUGCAUAUGGGGGGGGGGGGGGGCGCUAUGUUACCCAGGCGUUGGAUUGCGAUUCGGGCAGAUGUAAUGACUUGAUACCCGCGCUGUGCGUUUCCCUGGCGGAUUCGAUGGCUUUUCUUUGUAGGAUAGGCGGCGUGGGCAUGAUGACCA